AUGCGGCGGGCGGGCAGGCGCGGCAGGCAGGUCCAGGAGGGCAGCCCCAUGGAGAACGGCGUGGGGCAGGAGCCGGGGACCCCCGAGCUGCCCUCUGCCGAGGACAUCCCGGCCCCCCGGCCCCCCCGUGUCCGCCCCAGGCUGGUGUUUCACACGCAGCUGGCCCACGGCAGCCCCACGGGGCGUAUCGAGGGCUUCACCAAUGUCAAGGAGCUCUACGCCAAAAUCGCUGAGGUCUUCGGCAUCUCGCCCACCGAGAUCCUCUUUUGCACGCUCAACACGCACAAAGUGGACAUGCAGAAGCUGCUGGGGGGACAGAUCGGCCUGGAGGACUUCAUCUUUGCCCACGUCCGGGGCGAGACGAAGGAGGUGGAGGUGACCAAGACGGAGGAUGCGCUUGGCCUCACCAUCACAGACAACGGGGCCGGCUACGCUUUCAUCAAGAGAAUCAAGGAGGGCAGCAUCAUCAACCGCAUCCGGACGGUGUGCGUGGGGGACAGCAUCGAGGCCAUCAAUGACCACACCAUCGUGGGCUGCCGGCACUACGAGGUGGCCCGGAUGCUGCGGGAGCUGCCCCGGGCUCAGCCCUUCACCCUCCGCCUGGUACAACCCAAAAAGGCCUUCGACAUGAUCGGGCAGAGGACGCGGAGCAGCAAGUCCCCGGGCGAGGGCAGAGUGACCAGCGGGAAGGAAACGCUGCGGCUGCGGGCACAGGGCCCGGCCACGCUGGAGGAGGGGCCCAGCCCCUUCGAGGAAGAAGCCGCCCGCCGGGUGGACGACCUGCUGGAGAGCUACAUGGGCAUCCGCGACAGCGAGCUGGCCUCGACGAUGGUGGAGGCGGCCAAGGAGAGCCCCGGCGCGGCCCAGCUCGCCCGCGGCUUGGACUCGGUGCUGGGCGAGUUCGCCUUCCCCCAGGAGUUCGUGGCCGAGGUGUGGGCGGCCGUCUGCCACCCCGAGGCAGGGCAGGAGUAG